GCGGGGAGAGCCGUUUCCUACCGCCCCUCUGUGUCCAGCCGGAGGAGGGGACCCAUCUCUGCUCCCGGGCGGGGGUCUGCGAGUCCCAGCGCUGCUGCCCCCCCUGAGCGCCUGCAGGAGCCAAGCCAGCUCCGGGAGAGCGACCGGCCCGGGCCCGGGUCAGGGACCGAGUCUCCCAGCCCGAGGGGAGAGGGGGCAGGAGGGAGACAGUGGGAGAGACUGGAUGGGGCAGCAGGAGCAAUAAGGGGGUGUAUACAAAUCUCUGGUCAGAUCCUUCUCCCCACCCCCCAGGCAGAGGGGGGAAGUGAACCUGUUUGACCCACAUCCCAGCUGAAUGCUAACUACUGGGCUCUGAGUCAUACUGUGGGCACCUUCUCCUCUGGGUUUGGAACGGGCCCUUGCUGAGGCAUGCUCUGAGCGCACCUAGCAGAUCAGGCCUUGCAGGGACGUUAGGAAUUCACCUGCCUGGCUUAGCCUGGUUCAGGGAUUGUGCUGGGGCUCAGAAAGGAGAUAGUGUCUGGAUGCCUAGAGGGAGGAAGUGGUGUACAUGACCAGAACAGGAAAUUAGGCAGCUGGAGAACUUUUACAGCAGUAAUUUAGAUGUGCAGUGAGAGAGGGGUUGUAUAAAAUGGCACCCGAAACUGGGAUGUAGUCAGACACCUAAAUGUAAGUCAGUUAGCUUAUCUGAAUGAUUACACAGGCCCAGGAGGAGGCUGCGAUCUUGUGAGUUUAGGAGAGAAUGCCUGGCUGGAUUAGCACACAGAAGAUGGGUGGACUGGAAGGGUUAAAGGUUUGUACUUUUGAGUUAAUGAAAUAAGCCCCACAAAGGAAGAAUGUUGGUCUGAGCAUUCUGGUCUGGGAGUAAUCCUUGCAAGAGAGCGAGAAAGAGCUGCAGGUCUGCAGGACCAAGCAUGCUACCAGGGGGUGGCUCUUGGGUGGCACACCAUCACUCCAGUCAAGCAUGAGAAAGCCAGGAAAGGCCACAGUAUCCCCUUCUGACACCAACCUGGUCCCUCUAUCAAGCAGUAGCAGUUGUCCGAGGUCUUGCAGGUUGACUUUGCAGUGGGGGAGAAAUCAGUGAUUAUCCAUGAGGGUUUCCAGCCAGCUGGUUUUCAUCACACAUGGGUGACUCAAGGAACCCAGCUUGACACCUUGGGCAGCCGCAGUUCCCAUUGGCUCCAGCACCUCUUAAGAUCCAUAACCGUCUCACCGUGGGCACAUGACAUGUGAGAUACUCAAAAUCAGUGUACCUGGAAGUGCAGCAGCUUUUGGGGCUGAGCAGAGCAGCCAGGGUUGCCGAAGGUGACAUGCUGUGGCCAGUGAAAGUAAUAGGGAUUACUUAUUGACAACUCCAAUGUGAGCUCUCAGAUGGAACAAGGGGAAGAGCUGUGGGUCCCAGAUCUCCAGGGCUGUGAGGAACGGGAGAUUGCAGCAGGUGACGGGACAGUGAGUGAGAACAAGGAGGAGACCCCUCAGCAGGAAGGUCCCGAGCAAGUGGAACCACCUGGGAUGUUACUGGGAAGAGCUGAAAGGGAUGUUUCCCAGAGUCAUGAGCAGGGAGAAGCCUGUGAGAGUCAGUGCAGGCUGGAGAAGCAUCAGAAAAACCAGCCAGGGAAGGGAGAGAGAAAACCCACUUGCUGUGGGGAAAGACUCAAGAAACCAAAAGACAUCUCAGCCUGUCCGAGAGAAAGGAAAGGAGGUGAAAAUGGAGAUACACACACUGUGUCUGGGAAGAGCUGUAGACAGAGCUCAGAACUUAGUGUUCAGCAGACAAUCCACCCUGUAGAGAGGCCCUAUAAAUGCCCUGACUGUGAGAAAAGCUUUAGCCAGAAAUCAGCCCUUGUUAGACACCAAAGGCUGCACACAGGAGAGAAGCCCUACAAAUGCAGUGACUGUGGGAAGAGCUUCAGUGUGAGCUCACACCUGAUCACUCACCAGAGACUGCACACAGGAGAGAGACCCUACAAGUGCCUGGACUGUGGGAAAAGCUUCAGCGAGAGCUCAAACUUUAUUCACCAUCAGAGAAUCCACACAGGAGAGAGACCCCAUAAAUGCCCCGACUGCGGGAAACUCUUCAGUAACAACUCAGACCUCACGAGGCACCGCCGGACCCACACGGGAGAGAGGCCUUAUGAGUGCCCGGACUGCAGGAAGAGCUUCAGUGUGAGGUCCCAUUUAGCAAGACACAAGCGCGUGCAUGCAAAGGAGGAGGAGCUGGAAAGCUCCUCCCUUCUCUCACAUCAGAGAUUUCUGUCAAACGAGAAGCUCUACACAUGCCCUGACUGUGGGAGAAGGUUCAGGGACAGCAGAGGCCUCGUCACACAUCAGCGAAUCCACAUGGGGCAGAAAUGCUACCAGUGCUCUAACUGCGGGAAAAGCUUCGGGGUGAGCUCAGCUCUUUCUGAGCACCAGAGAAUCCACGCGGACGAGAAACCCACCAUCUAUCCAGAUUGUGGGAAAUGCUUUCUUCAGAGCUCAGAGCUGCUCCUCCAUCAGAUUAGCCAUGCAGGGGGAAAGCCAUACACAUGUGAGGAGUGUGGUAAAUGCUUCACUCAGAGAUCAAAUCUCCGGGCUCACCUCAAACACCACACAGCUGAGAAGCCCCAUAAAUGCACCCAGUGUGGGAAGAGCUUUGUCAAGCACUCCAUCCUGGCCAGGCACCAGAUCACCCACAUGGACCUGAAACCGUUUAAAUGCUCCGUGUGCAGCAAAAGCUUCACUCAACUCUCCAGCCUCACGAGGCAUGAGAGGGUCCAUGAGGCAGAGAUGCUCUCCAAGCCCCCUGACUGGAUGGCAGAAAUGAAACAUACGUUCAUCGAUUCCAGCGGGCGGGCGUGGAACUGGGCUCAAGAGUACCCGGCUGCCCAACUGUGGGGUGAGGAGGCAGCCAUAACCAGCCCCAAACUGAUCAGUGACCCUCGGCCUAUGCCUGGUCUGGCAAACCCCAGGCAGAGCAGGAGAGACCUCAGCCAGCCCCUUUUAAGUGCUGCUGAACUCGCUGCCGAGCUGCCGAGCUCUUCUGCCUCCUGCCAGGACGGUGCAGGGAGGGAGAAUGUCUCUAUCUCCCUGGACUGAAAGAUCCCCCGUCCCCUUAACUGCUUCCCCAGGCCACCAGCCUCAGGAGAAGCACUAGAGGAGGGCAUUACAGCUGGGAUUUCCCGAGAUACCCAGGGGGCAGGAUUGGGGGUGGUGGGAAGCAGAGUGGGGCAGCUGGCUGCUAGGGGUAUUAAGUGUCUGGAGACCGGGGGUUAAGGAAUCAUAGAAUAUCAGGGUUAGAAGGGACCUCAGGAAGUCAUCUAGUCCAACCCCCUGCUCAAAGCAGGAGGAGAAUGGGCAGGGUUAGGAUGCUCCAUUCCCCUCAGUUGGAGUCUCAACAUCUCUGAAAGCCAAUCCUGAUACUUUUAAUGACCGCCAUUAGUCACUUGUGUCAUCACUUCCUGGUAAAAUCUGCUGCUUUUUUUCAUCCUUUGAGUGUCUUCUCCGCCCUUCUUUCCAGGUGUCCCUCCCCUGCCUCUGUAUUUCUCCUCCUGUCUUCCCUCAGCAUGUCCUCUGCUGCAGCAGUUCACGCAGCCAUUACUCCCUUUCCUCUCAUCCCCUCUGCUACAAGGACAAGCAAUGAUACAGUCGGGCUGGCAUGUAUAGUGCCAUAGGGAUUCAGUAGAAACCCCACCGUGAGAGGAAAGGGGGCAGGGCUUUCUGCAGACACCACUGAACCAGACUCACCUUGCGUUUGAAAGGUUCCCUUCCCUAACAAAUGAAAGCUUAGAUUCUGCAGAAUCUGGACAUGCCAGAGGGCACACACAAAUACUUCCGGCAGCUGGAUGUUUGAUACUGCUCUCUUACAUACAAUGAUUAUGGUCUGUAUGGAAAUGCUUAAGGUGACAGAUAGAGGGAUGUGUAUGAAGAAAAUAGAAAAAAGACUCUCCC